AUGAAGAAGUGCAAAGGACUUCCCCUUGCAAUAGUGACCAUAGGUGGCUUCUUGGCAAAGCAAUCAAAAACUCCCAUGGAGUGGAAAAAAUUGAAUUCACAUAUCGGUGCUGAGUUGGAGAUGAAUGAAGGGCUUAGAAAUAUUAAAAGUGUCCUCAGUAAGAGCUACGAUGGUUUACCUUACCAUCUGAAACCUUGUUUCUUAUAUCUGUCUAUCUUUCCUGAAGACCAAGAUAUUAAACGAAACCGCUUGGUGCACCGGUGGAUUGCUGAGGGUUACUCAACAGAGGUGCUUGGUAAGUCUGCUGCAGAAAUAGCUGAGAGCCACUUCAUGGAACUCAUUGACAGGAGCAUGAUACUACCAAAUAAAACGACAUAUUUCAGCCAAAAAGUAAUCAACUCUUGCCAAGUCCAUGAUCUCAUGCGUGAAAUAAGCAUCUCAAAGGCAGCAGAGGAAAAUCUUGUAUUCAGGCUGGAAGAAGGUUGCAGCUCAAACACAAAUGGGACAGCACGCCACCUUACUAUAAGUGCUAAUUGGAAAGGAGAUGAGGCUGAUUUCGAGAGCAUGGUGGACGUGUCUCGUAUACGAUCGUUAACGGUGUUUGGAAAAUGGAGGCCAUUUUUCAUUUCUGACAAGAUGAGGUUCCUGCGUGUUUUGGACCUGCAAGACACGAGUGGUCUAUGCAAUCAUCACCUUGAGCAUAUUGGGAAGCUUCUUCACCUCAGAUAUCUUUCUCUAAGAGGUUGUAGAGACUCAAGACUUAGCAACGCCUUUUGGUACUCCUGUGCCGAGAGGUGCGGGGAAUCUGAAGGCCUUGCGCACACUAGGUCAAGUACUCAAGUGGACAUCGGAAGUGGGAACGCCCAAAUAAAGGAAAUAAAAAGGCUUACUCAGUUGCGCAAGUUGCAGGUCACUGGUAUCAACAAGAAAAAUUGUGAUGAAUUCUGUUCCGCUCUUGAGGCUCUCAGCUGCCUGGAAUCAUUGUCAAUGUCUUCGUCAGGGAAUCAAGAUGAUUUAAGUUACCUUUCAGAUGCUGUAUUCUCGUGUCCCAAUAACCUCCGUACCCUCACGCUGUUUAGCUUUCUGGGCAAAAUGCCGGCAUGGAUCAUGCACCUCCGGAACCUCGUGAAGGUGAGGCUAAUGUGUACCCAUCUAACGGAUUCUGAUGGCACCAUGCAACUCCUUGGCAAUCUUCCAUCCCUAGCCAUCCUACAUUUAUGGAGUUACACAUUCGAUGUUGAGGGACUCUGUCUCGAUUUCCUACCGGAGGCAUUCCCUUGUCUAGUGGCGCUAGACCUGUGUAGCGCACACAGAAGAGCAGGCCAAGGUGAGAUCAAAUCUGUGGAGUUCAAACAAGGAACAGCACCUAAGCUUGAGAUGCUCGAGUUCAGCUAUCGUCGCGAUGUAAUAAUCAAUGAUGGGUUGUUUUCUGGGCUAGCAUCCCUCCGAAGCCUGAAGAAAUUUCAGCUGGGCAUCCGCAGUUUCGAAGGCAAGGAAGCGUUUGUGGAACACGUACGAGCCCAGCUUGCCUUGAAUCAAAACCGGCCCGUUUUGAUAUAG